AUGAUUGAACCACCUUAAGGUCCUAUUCCAAGAGAAGUAGCCAAAUGGUUAGAUUCAUUAGACUUGGCCUAUUAAGUUCGUAAUUUCAGGAGAGAUUUGGCUAAUGGUUUCAUCGUGGCUGAAAUAUUAUCGAGGUAUUACCCCAAAGAAGUUAAUAUCUACACUGUAUAUAACGAAUAAAACUUGGAUAAAAAGCGUGAUAAUUGGGAAUAGAUUUCAAAGCUAUUGAAGAAGAAAGAACUUCAAGUUCCACAAGAAGAAUAUGAACCCAUCUUUCAUUAAGCGCCAGAUGCAGCAUAAGCCUUCCUCUUUAAACUCUAUGAAUUCCUAACUAAAAAGAAAAUAGGCACCAUUUAUCCAGAUAAGGACAACAGAGACAUGAAAAAGCAAGUUAAACAACAAGCGACAUUGCAAAGACCAAAGCCACUCACAGUCUAACCAACAUAUGCAAGACCAACUGCAAAUACAAUUAUCAAAGACAGGGAAAUCACCAGAGUUGUUGAUGAAAAUGAAAGGAAAGUGUUAACUAAAUAAGCUAUUCAAGAACAUGUUGAGAAAGUCAGAAAUGAUAAAAAAGAUGAUAACAUCAUUGAGUAUCUGAUUUUAAAAAGAAAAAAGUAAAUUGAGGAGGAGAUCAAAAAACAAGAGGAAGAAUUACUAAAAAAAUAAAUGAAAUUUAAUAAGAAACUUGUUAACUUAGAUUAAUCGAUCUCAUAAACUGGUCAAGAUGUCAAAGAAAUACAAAUCAAUUGUUAUCAUAGCAGUACAAGCAAAAAAGCAAAGGAAUAACAAGGUUAAUUGCUAGAGACCAAAGGUGUUAUUGAUUUCCUACAUGAAGCAUGUGCUUCCUUAUUCAAAAAAGAUCCCAUAAAGAAGGACAUCUAAGAUUUAAAGCUUGAACCCAAAGAAUCCUAAUAAAAUAAUGGUUUUCAAGUCAGUAAUCAGAAUGUUCAAUAUACAGCUGUCAUCUAAUAGCUGUUCUUAAGAUGUGAUGAAGUCUAAAAAAAGUCGUUGAAACUUCUACUAACCCAAUUCAUAGACGUUCACUCACAAUUAAUCCUUGAAUAAGUUCAGAGUAAUUUUAUAGAUUUUAAACGAUUCUUUCAAAUAUUCCUCAGACCUAUCCAAGUUUUGAAACCCACAUCGAAAACAUAUCAAUACAUUCUGGAGUUAAUUAGGUUUAUAGGUUCGAAACUUGUAGAAAUAGAUCCAAAUGAUACACAAAUGAUGUUUGAAAGCAUUUUAUUGGAUUAGCUAUUGUAAAUUGCAUUGCGAAACCCAAAGAAGAGGGAAGAUAUUGUUCAACUCUUUUUUGUAUUCACGCCCAUAAAUUGUGUGAAUAGAACACAAUUACUCAAAAGUAUCAAAAGUAAGUUAUCGACUGAUCUUAAUGCAUUUACUCUCAUAUUAAGUAUUUUGAUAUAAUCUGAUUACCCCAGUCAAGAUGAAGAAUUGUAUAGGUUCUUUCUCAAUUAUGCAUUUAAUUCCUUAGAUUCACCCUCUCCUCUUACAAGGGCUAAUGGGUUGAGAAUUAUCAAUCAGAUCUCUAGUUGGGAUUACUUUCCUGUCCUUUAAAAGAUCAGUAGAAUUCAAAGACUGAUGAAUGAUUCUUGGUGGGAAGUUCGAGCUCAAGGUAUGUGCAUAUGUGCUGAUUUGUUAUUGUAAAUUGCUUAGAAUUCCAAUCGAAGUAUGGAUGAAUAAGAAAUCACAAUAGACUUUGAGUAAUCUAAGCAAUUGUUGUUGGAUUUAAUUUAUUAAGUUUUUGUUGUUUCUACCACUCCAAAUGUAAUUAGAAUUGGAUUGAUUUACCUUGCUCCAGUUUUGUAGAUGUAUUCAGAAUUGUGUCCUCGAUACUUGGAGAUCCUGUUAUCAGUUGAUUCCGAAAUCAGAAUUUCAGUUUUAAAUACACAAGAAACGUUGAUUCAACAAGUAGUCAAUGGUUGCAACUCAUUUCGAUACAAGAUAACCGGAGCCCCCAUUGAUUGGAACAGUGUUGGUAUUGCAUAAGCUAUGGAUGUCUAUGUUAAGGAAAAGGAAUUACAAUUCUUUAAGCAUGAACAUUUAGAAAUUAUCUAUGGAUGUCUACACAAACAACUAUUGGAAUCAGAUGGUGAAAUCUGGCUUAAAAUAUUUGAGAAUACCAAAAGGCUUUUGUUUCUGGCUUUGUCCAAUGAAGAUUUGUGUUCAUUAGCCCAGGUGAUCUUGCAAAAAUUCUUUAUGUUUUAAACCAUUCAAUAAUAAGUUUUGGACAAUUCCAAUGAAAUAUUUUAAAAGAUGCUUUAAUUGAUUUAUCAUCCAGAUGUGCAUUUGAAAUGUAAAGAAAACUUGUUGGAGUUCUUCACAUUUUUACAAUAGCAAGGGUUCUAAAAUUAUUGUUAUAAUAUUAUUAAACAAUUUUCUGAAAAGCAUAAGAACAUGUUCUUAAAUAGUAAUUUGGUCGAAUUCAUGAAUGGUUUAGCUAAAGAAAAAAGAAGGGAAAUAAUGGGCGAUGAAAAUUAUUGA